ACCUGAAGAAGAUGAUCACAUUGUAGAUACUUUACAGUCUCGUAAACCAACUGCAGAUUUGGGAUCCAGUACUGAAACUGAUGUGGCUCAAUGGAAUGUUUUGCAAUUUAAUACUGGCUCAACAACCCCAUUUAUCAUCAAGUGUGGAGCAAACUCUAAUUCCGAACUAGUCAUCAAAGCAGAUGCCCGGGUUCAGGAGCCAAAGGGCGGAGAAAUCAUGAGGGUUGUUCCAAGACCAUCCGUCUUAGAAAAUAUGAGCUUGGAGGAAAUCAAACAAGUAUUCUCCCAACUCCCCGAGGCCUUAACGUUAUUAGCACUCGCUAGGACUGCGGAUGGUACCCGAGCCCGGUAUUCUAGGUUAUAUAGGACUUUGGCCAUGAAGGUUCCCUCUUUAAGGGAUCUUGUUGGCGAGCUUGAAAAGGGAGGAGUGCUGAAGGAUGUGAAGUCAUGAAUUCAGAAGGGAGUUGGAGAAAUUGUAUAAUAUACUGCUAUCUAUGGUGUUGUAUGCUAUAGUUUGAAUUUAUUUUCUUAUGUUUAUUUUGGGAGGAGUGGGGAUUUUGCCUUGGUGGGAAUUUUUGCCAAUUUGGUGUUGUACCUUGUAAUUUAACCGUAUUCUGAUUGUGAUGGUAUUUUGUAUCCGAAGGUUGUAUCAGUACCACUGUUAUUGUGCAAUGAAAUCACACGCCAUCUCAGUGUUUGC